UGUCGAUGGACGAUGGAGGGUGGCCAUUUCGCCAAAGGUGCACACUGUGACCAUGGCCUGGAAAGCUUUGAAAUGUGGAACGCCCAGGCUGCCGAGCCUGCCAGGACGCGCCCUAGCCUCGCCCUUUGGCUAGAGCCCAGCCGAAAAAGGCAACCGGCAGGGGUCAGCAGGGUGGGCCCAGGGAGCGCAGGGGCCAGGGAGCUCCCCCCAAACAAUCGUGUGCCUCGCGUUGUUGAGGUGAAAGACUUCCCUGUCCCUCCUCUCCACCACAGCUUGUCAAAAACCCCUUGCCUCCCUGCCCUCUUUGUCUCCGUCUCUGUCUGUCUGUUCUGAAUUCUUAUUCUCCCUCCUCCGUCCCUAGUGCCCCAUCCCCUCACCAGGUCGCCUGCCUCGUCCCCUCGCUGGAUCGUUUCGACGGGCACUCCAUAAAGCACCCCGUGUACCAUCCAAACCCUCAAAGGUUCAAACAAACUCGGAACAAAAAGAAAGGUUCUGCAUCUCCCGUCUUUACCUUGAGCCAACCACCGGCGUCCAGCGGGUUACUACUCCCCAGCUUCCCUAAUCGCGUCCACCGACCGAAUCUAAUAUCAAAAUAAUUCACAAUGGCCAAGUCAUCGACACCCAUCCAGCUCAUCCCACGCAUGACGGCGAAGGGCCCCUUCACUGUUGAAGUUCCCGGCCAGACUCCCGUCGAGGGCGAGACGCCAGUUCGCAGACAACCGCUGGCUAUCCCAGAAUUCGUCGAGCGGCCUGCUCCCGAUGUCACCACCGUCUAUGAGCUUGUCCGCGCCGCUGUCGCCAAGUACGGCAAUGCCAAGUGUGUGGGGUCCCGCAAGCUCGUCCGGACACACCAGGACAAGAAGAAGAUCAAGAAGAUUGUGGAUGGUGUCGAGGCCGAGGUGGAGAAGUCAUGGACCUUCUUCGAGAUGAGCCCCUAUGAGUACUACAGCUACACCGAGUACGAGCAGUUGAUUCUGCAGCUCGGCUCCGGCCUGCGCAAGAUUGGUCUCGACAAGGCCGACCGCGUCCACAUCUAUGCUGCCACCAGCGCCAACUGGCUGGCGACGGCUCACGGUGCUGCCUCGCAGAGCAUGCCCAUCGUGACUGCUUAUGACACUCUCGGCGAGGAAGGUCUCAGAUACUCCAUGGUCGCCACCAAGGCCAAGGCUAUCUUCCUCGACCCCCAUCUUCUGCCUACCUUGACCAACGUCUUGGCCGUUGCCUCGUCCGUUCAGGCUGUCAUCUGGAACAGCCAGCACCAGGUCAACCAGGACCACGUGGACAAGCUCAAGGCUGCCUACCCUCACAUCAACAUUCUCAACUUUGACGAGCUCGUCAAGCUCGGCAAGGAGAACCCCGUUGAGCCCGUCCCUCCCACCGCCGAGGACCUCUGCUGCAUCAUGUACACCUCUGGCUCUACCGGUACCCCCAAGGGCGUGCCCAUCACCCACAGAUCCGUUGUUGCUGCCGUUUCUGGUGCCAGCGCUAUCGUCCAGCCUUAUAUCGGACCUGGCGAUGGUCUGCUCACGUACCUUCCUCUGGCCCACAUUCUCGAGUUCGUUUUCGAGCACGCCGCUCUCUGGUGGGGUUCCACUCUCGGUUACGGAAAUCCGAAGACCCUCUCUGAUGCCUCGGUCCGCAACUGCAACGGCGACAUCCGCGAGUUCAAGCCUAGUGUGUUGAUCGGUGUUCCUGCCGUGUGGGAAACUGUCAAGAAGGGCAUCAUUGGCAAGGUCAAUGCUGGCAGCCCCGUUGUCCGCAACCUCUUCUGGGGUGCCCUUGGCCUCAAGGAGAAGUUGAUGUAUUCUGGUCUUCCUGGCAGCGGUCUUCUGGAUGCCGUCGUGUUCAAGAAGAUCAAAGAGGCUACUGGUGGUCGUCUCAGACUGUGCCUCAGCGCCGGUGGGCCCGUCUCCAAGGAGACCCAAAAGUUCAUCAGCUUCGCCAUCGCUCCCAUGAUUAUCGGUUAUGGUUUGACCGAGACGACCGCCAUGGGUACUCUCCACAACCCCUUUGAGUGGUCUGCCGAUUCCAUUGGUGCCAUGACCGCGUCCGUCGAAGCCAAGCUUGUCGACUUCCCCGAUGCCGGCUACUAUGCCACCAACAAGCCCAACCCCCAGGGUGAGAUCUGGCUGCGCGGUCCCACAGUGCUCAAGGAGUACUACGAAAACGAGAAGGAGACGGCCGAAGCCAUCACCCCCGAUGGCUGGUUCAAGACUGGUGAUAUUGGUGAGUGGGACAAGAACGGCCACCUCAAGAUCAUCGAUCGCAAGAAGAACCUGGUCAAGACCCUCAACGGCGAGUACAUUGCUCUUGAGAAGCUCGAGUCCAUCUACCGGUCCGUACCUGUUGUCGCCAACAUCUGCGUGUACGCCGAUGCCGAGCAGGCCAAGCCCAUCGCCAUCAUCGUUCCCGCCGAGCCAGCGCUGAAGAACCUGGCGGCUCAGCUUGGUGUUGAGGGCGAUAGUGUCGAGACGCUUGUGCAUGAUAAGAAGCUGCACAGCGCCGUCCUCAAGGAGCUCCAGGCCCAGGGUCGUGCCGGUGGUCUCUCGGGCAUUGAGAUCAUUGAUGGUGUUGUUAUCGUCGAGGAUGAGUGGACUCCUCAAAAUGGCCUCGUGACCGCUGCCCAGAAGCUCAACCGCAGAGGCAUCCUUGAGAAGUACAAGAAGGAUGUCGCCAAGGCCUAUGGCAAAUAAAUCUUGCCAGCUUGUGCACUAUGUGAGGGUGAUGGAACAAAAAGAAAAAAACUAUGAUACCAGGAUACCACGGAUAUGAAUGAGUGGGGUUGUUUGGGGAAGACAGGGAGAGGGGUUGUUGAGCUAACACUUUGUUUGUGUGUGACUACUAUGUGUGACAUAUGGGCGUCCAAACUCUCUCCUCCGUUUUUUUUUUUUUUUGGUUUGUUUUGUCUUUGUUUCCUGCGGGUUGCUGUUUGGUCGUUGUCUGCUUUUUUUCUGCGCUGGGUCGGGGUGGGAAACGAACGUAUAGGAAAGAUGUCUGUCACGAAGGAAUGGGACUUGACUUGCGUUUUUCGGUAAUGUUUUAUGGAUGGAUGGAUGGUCAAGAGUCGAGUUGAGGAUUGCGAGGGAAGGGGACAGGGCAAGGCAGGACGGGGAAGAUUAUACCAAUGCGAAUGUUGAUUUUGUUUGUGACGCUAUCUAGGUGAACAUAUGAAGGAGUUUCCCAUGAUGGAUGUCAAUGUAGUCUAUGACGAGUGUGCUGCUUUUAUCCGUUUGUUUGUCUUUGACGCGCGCUUUGCCAGCCAAACGGGCAUCAAUCAAUUGGC